CACCGCGGAGCCCAGCUGGUGUCUGGAGCUGACGGUGCACCCGUGGGAGAGAGGAGCCCCUUGGGGGUCCAGGAGGGGGCCUGCCCCAGGCCAGCCACUGCCCUAGUGGACCAGGCUGUCAGGUGGCAGAGGCCGUCCUCGCCGCCCCCGUCCCUCCCGGCGGCCGCCGAAGCUGAGCCUUCCCAGGGCUUCGGGGUGUCCAGCUUGGCCAAGAAUGGCGGGGAGCCCGGAAGGCCAGGGCUGCCCGUCACCUUCAUCGAUGAGGUGGACUCGGAGGAUGAGGUCCCCCAAGAAGCCAAACUGCCCUGCUCGGGGGCCAGGGUGCCUCCCCGGUACCACCCAUCGGAGCUCCUGCACCAAGGUGGCAACACCUUCACGGUGGUGCCCAAGAGGAAGCCAGGGGUCCUGCCGGCCAACGGGGAGCCUGGGCCACUGGAGGCGGAGGAAGUGGAGGCGGACCGCCUGUCGGAGCCCCCUGCUGUGCUGGGGGCCGGCCUGAAGAAGCGCUACCCCACCGUGCACGAGAUCGAGGUGAUUGGCGGCUACCUGGCCCUGCAGAAGUCCUGCCUCACCAAGGCUGGCUCCUCGAGAAAGAAGAUGAAGAUCUCCUUCAAUGACAAGAGCCUGCACACCACGUUUGAGUACCCAUCCGAGAGCUCCCUGGUGCAGGAGGCCCAGGCCGAGGGUGAGGAGGAGGAAGAGGAGGAGGAGGAGGAGGAGGAGGGCGGCUCCGGCUCCCGCCUGAACGGGGCAGUGGAGAAGCCCUUGGCGCUCUUCCUGCCCCGAGCCACCUUCGUGCACAGUGUGGCGCCCGACAGCCCUCGCCUGCCAGACGGCAGCUCAGGCCUGUCCAGCUACACUCCAAAGCACUCCAUGGCCUUCAGCAAGUGGCAGGAGCAGCCUUUGGCACAGGCCCCGGGGGAGGUGGAGCCCUCACUGAAGGAGGUCAUGCUCACCCCCGCCAGCCACAACGACCUUUCGGACUUCCGCAGCGAGCCAGCCCUGUAUUUCUGACGCCAGUCCCAC